AUGGGAGCGCUUUUGGCGGACUCGAGCGAGCCAUCGUCUUUAGCAAAGUCAGGCGACGGGAUACGAAAUGCCAGCAGCUGGGAGGAAGUUUGUGCUCGCUUGAAUGAUGCCCAGGUCACCUACACACAAGGGGACGGAACCGCCGGGAAGCUCAAGCGCAUGCGGCGCAAAGUCGCAGACAACAUGAGUCAACCUGCUGCACAUAUCGCUAAAAUGGUUCCUGAUAUAGACCCCUGGACAACUCCGGUAGCAGGAACUGUCGGUAUCCUUCUACAAGCCAUGGACACGGCUGCGAAAACACGAGAGGACGUUCUGACGAGCCUCUCAGACCUCGACAAGACGUUCUCGAAUAUCGAUAGCUUUGCUGCUACAUUCCCAACGGACCAAAAUGUCAGAAAGGCCUCAGUUUCUUUGGUCGUGGCCAUCUUCCAGGCAGUGGAGCAUGCAAUAGUGUUCUUUACCAAAAGUGCUGGCCGGAAAGCCGCAGCAGCUGUUUUCAAAGGCGGUGACUAUCAGAAAGAACUACUCAACAGUUUCAACGAGGUUCAGAAGCGGAGCGACUAUCUCAUUCAAAAAGCACAGAAUUCUCACUAUGAGAGCACGAGGGUUGCAAUUCGAGAAAUACUCUCUCGUGAGGAUCGGCUUUUGGCAGGCCAAGCUCAUGUCGCUCAACAAUCAGCAGACAUGAAGAACACGAUCUUAAGCUUGAUGGAUGUAGUGAAGGAACUAGGUACCACACUAUCCAAGAGGGACAAGUCAAAGGCGGACCAGGUUCUCCAGACCGAGCUUUUCCAACAGUGGAUGGCGUGCCUUGAGCCGGCCAAGCUCCUGAUACAUGGCAACUUCCGAGGCAGCACAACCGUGUCACCUCUAUCUUUGUUGACUGCCACUUUGACUGAAGCGGCACGGGCAGAUCAACAUCGCCUCGUCUCCCUCGUGUUUUUCUGUGGCUGUCAUCUCGACCGAGAAGAGGACACUUUCAGUGGUGGCAGAGCGCUGAUGCAGAUGCUCAUCUCUCAGCUGCUACAACAGCAGCCUCAUACGAACAUCUCGCCUUCCCCUUGGGAGCUUGAUAUGGACCGUGUCCGCCAAGUACACCAGCUUUGCCAGCUUUUCAAUCUCCUCGUCCACCGUCUACCGGGAGAAGUCACUUUGUUUUGUCUCAUUGACGGCAUGGUGUACUACGAGCGCGACGAGUUCAUCGAUGAGAUGCAUUACGUCUUGACAGAGCUCAUGCGUCUCGUGGGCGAUCCUACCACCCAAGCCAACGUGAAGCUUCUGGUCACAAGCCCAUGGAGGACAGAAAUGGCACAGCAGUUCUUCCAGGAGGAUCGUGAGAUAUUGUACAUGGAGGGCAUGCAAUCCAGGGAGCUCACGCCAAGUGCUUCUCGGGUCAUUCAUCGCCACAUCUCGCACACGGAGUCGGAUCAAUCCAGUCGGGAAACUUCACCCGAGCCCUGGGAAUGA